AUGUUCGUUGAUACUAUUGUUAAAGGAAAAAUUCCAGUAAAAGUAUUAAUUGAUACAACAUCUAAAUCCAAUACUAUUAGCAGGCGCUUGUAUAGUAAGCUUGAGUCUGAUCACGGAUUAGAAGGUAUACCUGAUGAAGAUAUAAUAGGCGAAGAAAUAAAAGGCCUAGAUUUACAAUUCCGCUAUAAAAGAAAGUGGCGAAGCUUAGAUGGUACCGAAGUAAUAGACUUUCAAAUUCGCAAAAAUUCAUCGUUCGAUCUGGUAUUGGGACAAGAUUGGUUAUGGGCGCAUGAAGCAAAAAUAAGCUUUAAAUUUUCUCCUGGAACCUAUGAACAAUAUGGUAUUAUUACAGACCCGAAGAAUUAUUGCUUUGUAAUGAUAAAUGGUAUGAGUAUUCAAUUAAUCGAAGAAGGUAACACUCCCACAGGCGGUUCUCUGAGUCAUAAAGCCAGCUCCACUAAAAAUAGAAGAAUUAGCAAGAUUAAGAAAUAUCCCAAGAUAGAUUUAGGCGAUGGAGGUGGUAAUCUUUCAAUCAAAACGCACUUCAAUAAUAUUUGGAAGUCGGUCCAUUCUAUAGAAAAUGAUAUAGAGUAUAGAAUUUUUGAAAAACUUUGUAUUAUCGAGUAUGAACUAAGUUGUAUAAAUAAAGAAAAGCUACCAUGGGUAAAUUCUGAGACAGAGACCAGUUCAUCUAGUUCCAAUUCAGAACCCAUGAACUCAGGCCGAUAUAAAUUCCAAAAGGAUCGCAUGCGUAAUACAAAGAAAAAGGUUGUCUCUCCUAUUCGAAAACAUCGUAAAAAUAACUUGUCUAAAUCAACGGAAUCUAAACCUGGUCCAACUCUAGAGGAGAACUGUGAUAACGAUUCCGCGAAUGAUUUAUUAUGGAAAAAUCAUCUCAAGAAAUUGGAAUCACUUGCUAUUUCGGAUCGAGUACACAAACGUGAAAUAAAAAGCAUCGCCAUACAAGAAGAAAUUGGACGAGCUGAAGAACAGUUAUUGGAGAAACCCCCAGAAAAACGUAAAGCCAACAUAAAGGAUUCAAAGGUUGAAGAAAGGGUUGGCGAAAAAAGACAACGGCUGACCAGAAGUAUGAAUAAGCAAAAAGCGGAAUCUUUUACGGAUCUAAUAACAAAUUCUGAAUCUUACGGAUUAGAUGAUGAGAAUGAAGAUAUUCUAGAUAAUGAGCAAACACCUUCAGUAGCUCCAAGUACCGUCGAAACAAAAGUAAUUGUUGAAUCAAAUAAAAAGGCAGUCCAAGACUUGCUCGGCGUUAAAUGUUCAGAAAAUAUGCAAUUAAUUUGCCAAUAUCACGAUAAGACAUACCCAGAUGAAAUCUUACUUGAUUUACGUCCUAACUCAAGAUUUACCAAGGAACUUCCCUUAAAUAUUUUGUCACCAUAUCUAAAGGAGCUCGAUGAUAAAAUCGAGAACUUGAUUCCAUCAUACAUUCACGAAUUCUUGACCCAGUUUUUUAACCAAAAUUUGACGGGCGAAGAUUGGCACACCAAAAUUGAUGAUCUGCAGUGUCAAGAUCGUAAUGAUUUGUUGAUGGUAUCAGUCAUACGAAUUUUGCGUAGAACCUUACCACCAUUUAUUAUUGCAUAUUCAUUGGGACCAAGAAAUCCUCUUUUGAAUUUGACGACACUGGAAAAACCGCAUUUAAACAAUUUUGUUCAUCCCUGUUUACAAACUAGUUUAUGGUAUAUCUCAUCCAUAAAUUAUGAGUUUGGAGAGAUAAGAACCGAAAAUCAUAAAAAUCAAUGUGCGGACGGAGUUGGUUACUUAAAUACUGCAGAUAAAUACCAAUUGGUAUAUAUGGAGGGUUCAAGACCAAAUGCAGAUGAUGACAAAGAGGUUGCUGAUGCAUCAAAAAUCGCGAACAAUCUACAGAAAAUUUAUAUAAACGUUGUGAAAGACAAUAUAAAGUGUAGGCGACGAUUUCCCAAACUUUGCAUUUUUGGUGGGCAAAGUUAUCGUCUUAGGGUUUAUUUACAAUUCUUGGAUUACUGCGGGAGGAAGUUCCGCCUUAACGAGGUGGAUAAUGCGAAUCUCCCACGUGAUUUCACGGAAAUGCCGGAUUUUGUUUCAUUUUAUGAGUGCAUUAUAAAGUGGGCGAUGCUAGCUCGAGAAAUCAUGGAAGGGUUUGAAGAAUCAAGGACACAAAAGAGACCUUCAAGGCUCUCAUAUAUUAGUAGUCUAAAAGUGGUGGAUACCAUGUAG